AGCAGCUGCAUUAUAAAAACCCUCCACGGAAGGUUUUAAAAGGAGCGAUACCCAGCUCCUUGGCCCUUUUGCUUCGGCAUCGCAACCUGUACUACAGUACAGCACUGCACACUAUCCUGGACUCUUGUACAUUGGUCUAGAUCAAGCUUAUCCUCACCGUAUAGGUCCAGACGCGCUUAUUGGCAUCCGCAAAAAUCGUUAUGGGCGCUGUAGAAGUCCAUCAGUCGCAAAGACGAGUCUCGUGUGAAAUUUGCAGGAAACACAAGACACGAUGUCGACGCCUACAUGUCAACGACCUCCGUUGCGCGCGAUGCGUGCUGCUAGGUGUUGAAUGUACUGCUGGACUUCAAAACAAAGUUGGAAGGCCGCGGCGAGCGCGUGCUUCUGAGGACAAAAGUUCCAAAUAUUCGCCAAACAUAUCAGUCUCUACCGUCAAUACUGCCUACACUACGCCUGGUGCUGGAGAGCACAACCAGGCGAGGUCUCCCGGUAGGUCGCACGAGGGUUCUCCAAUCUUAGAUGGAGGCAACCAGCUGGACUGGAGCAAUUUUAUGUCUCCAGCAGUCACCGGAGAAACAGUCCUCGUUACGCCUGCGAAUAACUCCUUGGAUAUGGCACCUGCAUGGCCAACCAUGGGAAUGAACUUGCUUAGUCAAGCCUCGCUUCCUUGGGAUACAGCGAACGACCUUGAUCACAUGUUACUCCAGCCGGACACCGACCCAAACCCCAGCUUCAAAAUCUUACCUUCUUACGCACUCGAUACAGCCGUUACAACCUCUCCGUCUGGUCGUACCUACCCCGCUGUCGAAAUCCGGGCGCCUUCGAGGCCGGGCCGCUUCGCAGGAGAUGUUCCUGUGGCCUCAGAUACCCUAGUCAAGCUUUCCAAGCUCAACCUCGAUCUACACAUCCGUAUGGCAGCCGUUGAGAUAAACAAAUCGAUACUGGAUCUUGACAGCUUCAUCUACCAAAACGGUGUAUUGCACAUUGACGACACUACGCUGGCCGAGUUCAUGCUGAAGGCGUCACAAGAGUUUCUACAAAUCUUGACACAGCUUCUUAGCAGUCACUCGACUCCUAGUCAUCUGCGUGUGUUGCGAACGACGGACGCAACGUUUCCGAAGCUAUUACCACAGUCAAUAUCGUCCUAUCUUGAUAACCACUACUUGUCGCCCUCGCCCUCGCUUUCCUCGUUGCCCAGCUCUUCGGAUGUCUCGGAGCCACUGCUGUUAGCACCCACAGCGCUAACCAUCACGAGUAUCUUCAUACAACUUAUAUCUCUUUAUGAGUUGAUCCUUAAGCAUCUGACUAACCGCAUCGAGCGAAUUGCCAUGGACCCCAUCCGCCCCAUCCCAAGGCUCUCUUCCGGAGGCUUACCCGUGGCAGAACCAUGUAUACAAGGCGUAGUAUUUUCUGAAGUCGUGGUACAUCUUCUGGAGAGGAUCGAGCGGCUUUUGGGUAUUGGUACUAUGCUUGCUAGUGGCGACGUGGGGUUGCUAUCAGCGAGGCAGAGAGAUGUGCUUUGGAGUGAAUUAAGCGGGAGCCUGAGCGUGCUUCCUAGUAGUCAUGGCGUUAUGAGGCCGGCCAAUGUAAGAAACACGUUCAAGAAGGUGGCGGUUAUCUUAAAGCAGAUCUCUCUAGAUGAACAGAACUAGUGAAUAAAUCAAAAUAUCGAAG